AUGAGAGCCUUUGCCGACGGCUUGAAAGAUGACGCGAAAGAUGGAUCGAAAGAUGACCCCACCAAAAAGGUCAAGCCGUACAGGAUCUUUUUCAAAGAUCUCUUCCUUUUCAAAGAAAACGAGAUGGCAGAGAGGAAAAGGGAGAAAUUUAUGAGCCGCAGCAUGAAAGUGCAUCAGAAGUCGACUUUUUCGUCCCGAAUGAAGAGUCGUUCACACCUGGGCCAAAUAGCUUUUUAUGCUGAUGGAGGCACCGCGCCUGAAAACUUCGGACUCGAUCCCAAGCUUAUUCUCAGGUUAACAGAAGGUGCAGACACAAACAAGACUCUCCAUGAAUUUAUUCAUGAUCAGAGAGACAGGUUUCUGCUUGAGUUUACGCUGUCUACCAAGAGGAAAACCAUUAAAAAGUAUGAAGACAGCAUCGCACAGAAGGAAAAGCAACUGGUGAAAGCGGAGAGAAAGCUCCAGGAGGAUGCGCUGGCUUUCGAGGAGUUCCUUCGGGAAAACGACCAGAAGUCUGUGGAUGCUCUUAAAAUUGCUGCGCAAGAAACGCUGAACAAACUCCAGACCACAGCAGAGUUGAAGAAAGCCAGCAUGGAAGUGCAGGCCGUGAAAAGUGAAAUAGCAAAAACAGAAUUCCUCCUGAAGGAAUAUAUGAAAUAUGGACUUUUCCUGCUGAAACUGUCCCCAAAGCAAUGGCAAGCCCAGCAAGCACUAAAAAGGAUAAAGGAAUCAAAAAGUAGGGACAGCAUGAGUAAUAUCCUGCCAAAGUUAUUAACAAUGAUUUGCUAUCCUGAAAGUGUCAGUUCAGAAGACAGUAUGGAAUUCCUUUUAGAUGAUGAGAUGGACUAUGAUCUGGUGCCCGAGCUUUACUUCAAAGAACCGGAAGAUUUGCUUCAGGUUCUCACAGAGCUGGAAGAGCAGAAUCUGACUUUGGUGCAAUAUUCCCAAGACGUGGACGAAAAUCUGGAAGAUGUAAAUAAGAGAGAAAGAGUCAUACAGGAUAAAAUAAACACAAGCAUCGACUUUAUUUUGGAGCACAAGAACAUGCUGAAGGCCAACUGUGUGAGAGAAGAGGAAAAAGCAGCAGAACUGGAAUUAAGGUCCAGGCUAUUUAGUUUUGGAGAAUUUAACUCAGAAGUUCAGGAAAAGCUCAUCGACUCGCUCAAUAAAAAAAUCAACCAAGUGUACCGAGUCUGCAUCGGCGACGCUGAGGUCGGCAGUCUCAACCCCAUCCAGAAGCUGGUCAAGGUGGAGUCGCGCCUGGUGGAGCUGAGCGAUCUCAUCGAAUCGGUGCCCAAGGAGCACGUGGAGGCCAUUGAGAAGCUGAAGCAGAAGGAGCGGAGACUCAAGUUGCGUGAAGAGAAAAUGAGAGAAAAACAAAAACACCAGGAAGAACGGCUAAAAGCGGCUCUGGAAAGGGCCGUCGCACAACCAAAGAAAAAGUUGGGAAGACGACUCAUCUUUCGCUCAAGACCUCUUUCCGAUGACAAGCGUGUGUUGCAACUUGGCGGUGACACAACAAAAAACCUGGAGGAAGAGUAUUUUUUUACUUGA